CCUAUGGUGGCUAAACUGCAGUCAAAGCGACGCCCACUUCCCCAGUCUGGACCUGAGUGAUUCAUCUUCACAAAUAGAGACGAUCUGUGCGCACGGCGCCGUGUUUAUAGUGAACACGGCAGACUGCAGACUGAUCGAAGGAGACGGUGUAUGUACCUGUGUAUUUACCAGCCGAACCACACUGCCUGGACACCACUCUGUCGACGGAGGGCAUUAGCUGAGCAUCGGACGAGCCCAUCAUCGAAGAAUAAGGUGAAAUCCUCCAUGUUCCGUUGAUGUGAAGGUGAAUUACAGCUACCACAACAACGCGGUGCGUGUGUGCAUGAUGAGCGGCUGAGGAGGAGGAGGAGGAGAAGAAGGAGGCUGCGGUCUGAAAACAGAUUUUUAUCCUGGAUUUUUCCAAAGAAAUGUCGUUGCAUUCACACCAGGAGUACGCGUAUUGAUGAAACAAUCUAUCAUUGGUCCCAGACCCCUUGUUUUCAUCAUAUUUACAUCAGUAUUGAAGCCAUUUUCUGCCUCCUGAGGAUCCUCCAGCAGCGGGACGGUGAAGGUUUUUUCCUCCAGACAUGGAGUGUGAAGAUGCGGAUUACAGAGGAAACCCCGCCGCUGGUCUAACCGCGCUGCUUUCAUUCUACGUAUCAACGCGGUGCUGUUCUUGGCAAGAAUAAACAAGACUAUGAGUAAAUAUUUCCUGAGCAGAGGCGUAAAUCGGUGAUUUUGGAGCUCGGUUUGGACUCCCCUUUGGAAACGUGAGGGAUCCUGUUAGCCUGCAUGUAGCAGCUAUUAGCUCCAUUAGCCGGCUAACAGCUACAAGGUGCUGGCUGCAGAUUAAAACGCUUUUUAGUUUUUCUGACCAGGUUUGGGCCACGUUUCCUUGCCUCGGCAUAUUUAUUUACAGGAUUUGGGAGGAUUUACACUUCCAGGGAUGAGGUCUCGAAUGGAAAGGAUCCGCUUGACCUUGUUUUGGGGUCUGAUGCUGGGUCUGUCGUCCUGCCUCCGGCCCGCCACCGCAGAGAUAUGUGGUCCCAGCAUCGAUAUUGGAAAUGACAUCAGUGAAUUCAGGCGUCUGGAGAACUGCACGGUAGUAGAGGGCUACUUGCAGAUCCUCCUCAUCGGUGACAAAAACAACAACAUCAAUCAGGAUGUCUUCCGCUCUCUAAGCUUUCCCAAGCUGACCAUGAUCACCGACUACCUGCUGCUAUUCAGGGUUUCCGGCCUGGACAGCCUGAGCGGGCUCUUCCCCAACCUCACUGUCAUACGUGGUCAGAAACUCUUCUACAACUACGCCCUCGUGAUAUUUGAGAUGACCAGCCUAAAGGACAUCGGCCUGUUCAGCCUGAGGAACAUCACCCGCGGGGCCAUCCGGAUCGAGAAGAACCCAGAGCUGUGCUACCUGGACUCCAUAGACUGGUCCCUCAUCAUGGAUGCUGAGUUCAACAAUUACAUCGCUGGGAACAAGCAGUCCAAGGAAUGCAGUGAUGUUUGUCCAGGCAUCAUGGAGAACAACCCUCAGUGCGGGAAAACAAUGUUCAACAACAACUACAACUACCGCUGCUGGAACUCCAAUCACUGCCAGAAAGAGUGCCCAGAGAGGUGUGUACGGCGGGCGUGUACAGCGGAUGGGGAGUGCUGCCACCCUCAGUGCCUGGGCAGCUGCACGGCCCCCGCCAGCGACACAGCGUGUGCCGCGUGUGUGCAUUACUACCACCAAGGACACUGCGUGGAAGACUGCCCCCCUGGUACCUACAAAUUUGAAGGCUGGCGCUGCAUCAGUGCUGACCUUUGCUCCAAGGUCCACCUCCCCGAGUAUGACAGCUUCGUCAUCCACGGUGACGAGUGCAUGUCUGAUUGCCCACCUGGGUACACACGCACCGCACCCAACAGUAUGUUCUGUAAAGCCUGCGAUGGUCUGUGUGAUAAAGUAUGCGAGGAGAAGGUCAUCGACUCCAUGGAUGCCGCUCAGUCUCUCAAAGGCUGCACUGUUAUCAAAGGCAACCUGCACAUCAACAUCCGCAGAGGCCAUAACAUGGUGGCAGAGCUGGAGAGUUUCACCGGUUUGAUCCAGAGGGUGACUGGAUACGUGAGGAUCAGACACUCCCACACCCUGAGCUCGCUGGCCUUCCUCCGUAGCCUCAGAUACAUUGAUGGUGAAGAACUUCUUGACGACCUGUACGCCUUCUCUGCAUUUGACAACCAGCAGCUCCAGUAUCUCUGGGACUGGAAGCAGCACAACCUCACCAUCAAGGCGGGAAAGCUGUUCUUCCGAGCCAACCCCAAACUCUGCAUGUCCGAGAUCCGCAAGAUGUGGGAGAAGACAGGCAUCCAGGGUCGCUUUGAAGACAGCGAUUUCCGAAACAACGGCGACAGAGCCAGCUGUGAAAGUGCCAUCCUCAAGUUUACGUCCAACAGCACCAGCAGCACGAGGAUCAAGCUGACCUGGCAGCGCUACCGUCCCCGUGACUACAGAGACCUCAUCAGCUUUAUCGUUUACUACAAGGAGGCGCCAUUCCAAAACAUCACAGAGUUCGAGGGCCAGGAUGGAUGUGGUUCAAAUAGCUGGAACAUGGUGGAUGUGGAGCUCAGCCCAGACAAGGACUCAGACCCCGGAGUCCUUCUGUCCGGCUUGAAGCCUUGGACACAGUACGCAGUGUUCGUGAAGGCCAUCACACUCAUGGUGGAGGACAAACACAAGGGUGCCAAGAGCAAGGUGGUCUACAUUCGCACCAGCCCUUCAGCGCCCUCAAUGCCUCAAGAUGUGCGAGCGUACUCCAACUCCUCUUUACAGCUGGUGGUGCGUUGGUCUCCCCCCAUCUCACCAAAUGGAAACCAGACUUACUACCUGGUUCGAUGGCAGCAACAAGCAGAAGACAGAGAGCUGUAUCAGCACAACUACUGCUCCAAAGAGCUGAAGAUCCCCAUCAGAAUCGCUGCCAUCGGUGUGGGAGACCAAGAAGAGGACACCAAGCCGACAAAACCAGAUCCUGACGGGACAGAUAAAGGCCCCUGCUGCCCCUGUCCCAAAUCAGUGGAGGACCUGGAGGCCGAAGCUGCUGACGCCUCAUACCGAAAAGUCUUUGAAAACUUCCUGCACAACUCUAUUUUUACACCAAGGCCACCAGAUCGCCGGCGUAGAGAUCUCUUCGGCAUAGCCAACUCCACUCACCCUCGCCGCAAUCGCAUGCACACCAACAGCAGUACGGUUCCUCCCAUCCAAGCUGCUGGUAACAGCAGUAAUUCUGACGCGGAGCCAGCGGACAGAGAGUUCGAGUUUGUCGAGCAAGCUGUGACAGAGCGGGAGUUGCAGAUCUCUGGCCUUCAGCCGUUUACAGUUUACCGCAUCGACAUCCACGCCUGUAAUCGACAGGUCCAGCGCUGCAGCGCUGCUGAGUUUGUGUUCUCCAGAACCAAGCCUGCAGAGAAAGCUGACGACAUCCCCGGCCCGGUGACCUGGGAGGGCCACGAGGACUGGGUGUUUCUGCGCUGGCCAGAGCCGCACCACCCCAACGGACUCAUCCUCAUGUAUGAGAUCAAGUUCAAACUGGGUGCUGAGACGGAGAAGCACGAGUGUGUCUCUGGUCAGAUGUAUCAGGCCCAGCGAGGAGUUCGGCUCUCAAACCUCGGCCCAGGAAACUACUCGGUCAGAGUGAGAGCAACAUCGCUGGCAGGAAACGGCUCCUGGACUCAACCUCUGGAUCUCUACGUGGCUGAACGCUACGAAAACGUCCUCUACGCUAUGAUUUUUGUUCCCAUCGCCAUCGUCAUCUUGAUCUGCAUUUUAGCGGCGAUGCUGGUGGUCCUCAACAGGAAAAGAAACAGUGACCGGCUUGGAAAUGGAGUCCUGUACGCCUCUGUUAACCCUGAAUACUUCAGUGCCGCAGAAAUGUAUGUUCCCGAUGAGUGGGAGGUGGCUCGGGAGAAGAUCGCUCUGAGUCGUGAGCUCGGUCAGGGGUCCUUUGGCAUGGUGUACGAGGGCCUGGCGAAGGGCGUGGUCAAAGACGAACCAGAAACUCGUGUCGCCAUUAAGACCGUCAACGAAUCAGCCAGCAUGAGGGAGAGAAUAGAGUUUCUCAAUGAAGCAUCCGUCAUGAAGGAAUUCAACUGUCACCACGUGGUCCGUCUCCUGGGAGUGGUGUCUCAGGGUCAGCCCACCCUGGUCAUCAUGGAGCUGAUGACACGAGGAGAUCUGAAGAGUUACUUACGUUCCCUCCGACCAAAAGAGCAACAGUGGUCAAGUCUGUCUCUCCCUCCUCUGAAGAAGAUGCUUCAGAUGGCUGGACAGAUCGCUGACGGCAUGGCUUACCUCAAUGCCAAUAAGUUUGUCCACAGAGACCUGGCAGCCAGGAACUGCAUGGUGGCAGAGGACUUCACUGUAAAGAUAGGAGAUUUUGGAAUGACCAGAGACAUCUACGAGACAGAUUACUACCGCAAAGGUGGCAAAGGUUUACUCCCUGUCCGCUGGAUGUCACCUGAGUCUCUGAAGGAUGGAGUCUUCACUACGAACUCUGAUGUCUGGUCAUUUGGGGUUGUGUUGUGGGAGAUAGCCACUCUGGCAGAGCAGCCCUACCAGGGUCUGUCCAACGAGCAGGUGCUCCGCUUUGUGAUGGAGGGAGGCCUGCUGGAGAAACCCCAGAACUGUCCUGACAUGCUGUUUGAGCUGAUGCGAAUGUGUUGGCAGUACAAUCCUAAGAUGCGUCCUGCCUUUGUGGAGAUCAUCAGCAGCAUCAAAGACGAGCUGGAACCUUCUUUCAGGGAGGCCAGUUUCUUCUACAGCGCCGACAACAAGCCGCCCGAUGCUCCACAGCUUCACCUGGAAAAGAUGGACGACAUGGACGACGUCCCUCUGGACCCCGCUUCCUCAUCACAGCUGCAACAAUCCACAGUCCCCCAACAGACCCCUCCCACACCGGGCUCCGAGGUUCCACCUGCUCCCUCGCUAGCCCCCAGCUCCCCCUCCUCUCCCUGCACGUCAGCCUCUGCCAUGGACAAGCAGCCGUCCGGCCAACAGGCGGCCAAUGGGCUUUCAGGGGCGGGUCUUGCAGCAGCAUCGGGGCUCGGGACGGCACCUGCGCGGCCGACUCUGGAUGAGCUGCCGCCGUAUGCGCACAUGAACGGAGGUCGCAAAAAUGAACGCACCAUGCCUCUCCCGCAGUCCUCUGCCUGCUGAUUGGACAGAGACACCCAACCGGACUGCACACCCACCUCAGGGUGUGGGAUCUUCUUUUUUUAAAAAUCACAUAAAGCAAAUCCAUUUCCACUAUCUGGAUGUGGCCUCUCAGUGAGGAGAAAAGACUCACAGGAAGGAGGAGAAAACUGUCACUAAGUCCAUGUUCUGCUGUACCUUCACACACUUCGUUCACAUGGUUCUAGUUUUGGUUUCUACCAGCUGGCUGUUAGACGUGACACUGCCCUCUCUGCUGAGUGGGAACACCAAAAGAACGAUAAAGGAAAGAAAAAAAGAAUUUGUGGGAGAUCUGUCUCUCUCUUUAUGGCUGAACUUAUUUUAUAAAUUUGUUAUUUGUUACUUUUUAUACAUGUGUUUCCAAAUGGGAAAACAAAAUGUGUAGGCCUUUAUUAACAAACACCAUUUUGGUCGCUUUAGAGCGGGCAUUAAGUUGAAAUUGUUUGAUAUGAAAGCAUAUCUAAAGUAAAAGCACUUCAGAGAGGUCAGGGGCCUCUUCUGGUUGUUUAGUAGUGUUCUUGCGUUGCAGGGCUGGUGACAUGUUGGGUCAGCUGCAAGAAAUAACCAGAGGGAGUUGAGUUAAAUCUGCCAAAUUUAUUGCCAAAAUUGUACUUUUUUAAAAAAUUCUCUCUCUUGCAGUCUUACCCUGUAAUCCCACAACACGCCAGAUUAAAAAUGGAAGCGACACAACCUCUGAUGUGUUGCUUCGCCAUUAAACAAAAUCUGUGAUCAAAGGGAUUUGACCUUCCCUUCACAGUUUUACACUACUCCUCUGUUGCUUUUUCGAUAUCUACAGCUUCUGUUCUCUAUUAAAUUGACAUCAUGGACCUUGGUUUCAUCAGUAUAUCUGAAGUCGAGCCACAUCCUCUCACAAAGUGCUGUUCUGUUACGGUUUUAACGCCAAAUCCAGUCUAUAAAGAAGCAAAAAAAAUAAUUAUUUGAAGCAAGGACUGCAGAGGGAAGAGCAUUCAGAAGAAAACAAAUAUGAACACUAUAUCUGUAAUGCCUCUGGAUCAGGAGGUGUCCUUGUUGUUGUAAACAGGUAUUUUUGUAGACUAGCCAUUAGUCUCCACAUUUACGACAUCUCUAGGUGGGCAGAGCAUUUAUGUACGCACCAGUUGUUUGUGUCACUUUUCUAACUUUUAUACGGUUGGAGACAUUCAUCAUGUACAGAAAGAAGCUGCUAUUCCUUAUUUCUCUUGUGGUUGUAAAAUAGUUAAUAUCUAUAUAUAAAAAGAGAAAAAAACUCCUUCAGGUCAGAUCUACGAACGUUUCCACUACAGUCCAUUUUUUAAUGUUUGUUACUGUGUAAAAACGUCUCUGAGCUGGUUUCAUUUCUGUGUUCCCGUAAAGGUACGACAGUUUGCCUUGUGUUUGAAACACCGCUAACUUCUCCUCACGACUGACUACAGGACACUUAUGGUACCGGAAGAACCAUCCAUGCUCUCGUGUUCUCUCGGGACGCCUCCACCUCUCUCCUUUGAGGGUUUAAACUCAGAGGUUUGAGGUGAGGCAUCACAGCUGAGGCCCGACUUAAUCUCAGGUCAAAGAGAAAAGUUAAAUCCUUUUCUACUUUCCUUUUGUUUUCUUUUUUUCUUCCCUUUUUUAUUUUGUACUGUCAUAUACGUCAGAAACAUCCAGCCUGAUAUGUGUGUGUGUUUUAACCUCUGUCUGAUUCUAUGUCCCUCUGAAUCUGUUCAUUUCCUUUCCUUUCCAGAGGUUAGAUUAGGCAGGAGCAGUUUUUUUUAAAAACAAGAACAUGAAAAGUUCCAGUUCUGGUUGGUCCCUGCACGCACUGAGCACUUACAGAGAGUAGUAAAAGGUUAUCAGGCAAGUCCAAAAAUGUUGAUAAAAGUACAAGAAAUACCUUCAAUUAAUGAGCCAUGCCUUUUUCUUAUGCACUUAUGGGCUGCUAACAGAAAUUACAAAAACAUUCUAAACAUUAGAACUGAGGUUAUUUCUGUUUUCUGAUAUUUCACAAGAUCUUCUUCAUUUGUCUUCUCGCCCUCGCCCUUGCGCUGGUUUUGGGGCUUAUUAACUGUCAACUUUUGAACAAUGGUAAAUCAUUUAAACCAGCUACCAACUGAGUCACUAAUUCUACUGUCAGCUCAGUUUGUUUUUUAAUGAGAAAAUUGACAUUAAACAAUGUCUCUCCCUCUCCCUCUCCCUCUCCCUCUCCCUCUCCCUCUCCCCAGUUUGCUUCUCUGUCCACUGUCCUGUCUCUAAUUAAAGGCCCAAGUGCCCAAAAUUGAAAAAGGUCCAGAGUUCAUGGGGACUAUGUGGGGAAAGAAGUAAAACAAAGUUCAAAUAGGUGAAAGGAAGGUGAAGUGUACGGCUUUGCAUUUCUCUUCACUUCCCUCGCUUGUUGAUGAAUCCAGGUGUCUUUUUGGCUCAUCUGAUAACCUUUUAUUACAUCUGUCAGUUUCAGGCUUCUGUGUGUUUGUACUGUGUUAUGACAUAGUACAAGAUAAUGCAUAGAAUUGAUCAAAUGUAGCAACAAACUUGAUUUUCAUCUUGUAUAUCAGAAGACAAGUACAAACCUCCAGCUGUAGGAUAGCUUCACUUUCUGCCAACCAACACCCCUCUUUAAUCUUUCUUUUUAUCUGGAUGCUGCUGGAACAAUCCACCAUAUUUAUCCUUUUUGUUGAUGGUUGCUGAAGUUGAAUAGGUUUGAGAAUUAAGUGGAAUUAUCUUACAGAACCGAGAGAUUUGCUUUGGGGAAAAUAACAUUUCAUAACAGAGAGUGACGCUCUCAUUUUCUUCUUCUUUUGAACGUGUUUCACUAAAAAAGAGAGGCACAGCUGAUCAGAGGAUUAUUGUACCUGGAGAUACCUGUGCUGAACAUCUGAGCAUUAAACAGACUGUAUCAAGGUUUUCUGAAGACACACACAAACAUAUGAAGACGAGUACGAUCACAGAGGACUAUAAGGACCAGAUAUUAAAGGCAAAUUCACCUCAGAAAAGUUUGAAACCCCGGCGUGGAUAUUCCUCCAUUAUUUAUGUUGUUUUUGUUUUGUGAAGUGUAAAUCACUGUACAAAUCCCCCUCACAUUUUUUUAUUCCCUCUGGUACUUUGAUGUUCUUUUGCUAUUUUGGGGGGAAGGUUUUGUUUUCCCUUCAACCAUCCAUCUACCUCACUGUUUGUUUUUUUUAUUUCAAUCUAUUUACAUGUACAGAAAAAACACAAAACAUCUCAUCUCUGUUGUCCGGCUGUACAGACGAUCUCACUGAGUGCUGUUAAUACGGUCAAAUUCAAACCACAAACCGAACCAUCCUGGAGGGGGAGGGGGAACAGAAACAUGAUGGAAAACAAGUAUCCUGGUCACUCUGACAAAAACAGAUUCCUGUCUUGAUAUCAACAAAAACCAUUCAGUCUUGUGUAGAUCAUAAAUCCUCCAGCUGCCUUUGCACUGCUCUGAUUGUGCCUCUCGAGUAUCACCAUCAAUUUGAAAUGUUCUCUGAAACAACUGCAUUGCAUUUUAAAUUCUCUUCAGUCUUCAUGACUGGAAAUAUCCUCCUCCAGAUACAUGAUCAAAAGGUUUAUGACCAAUUUAAAAUAUAUGUUCCUUUUCAUACAGAUGGAUGUGGUUCCACUUUUUGCUUGUCUCAGCCAUUAUUAAAAUAGAUGCAUCCGUCUUAAUAAAAUAAAAGGUGUUACAACGUAGCAUAGUGAUAAUGAUAGACAAAUAUGUACAUGCUGUCAUACAUUUGGCAUUUCUGGCACAAAGCGUCCCAUAGAUUAAGAAUAAUCCGUCUGAAAACACGUCUUUACAGCAAACCUGGAAUUUUAAAACCAAAUCAAAUCAGUGCUCAGCUCUGACAUCAAUGCUUUGGUAUGAUACACCUGCAUGUGAUAUGUGUAUUUACACCUACACACAUCACCUAACUUUAUCCAACAGCUCUGCUAUAAAUUCUACAUUCUCAGUUUGAGCACACGUGGUCAGAGAGGUGAUAAGUGAGGGAUUAUGUCUGGUGAGCAGGUGGUGAUGUGAAUUAGAGUCCUGACAGGGCAAGCAGGGUCAUGUCAGGAUCUGGUCUCACCCUGGAGGGAUUUGAAUUUGCAUAAACCCCUGCCCACCACAGUACAGUGGGAGCUUAUUACCCAGCUCCCAGUUAAAGACAUGAACAGGUUAACACAAAAUAUUGGUUGAAAGAUGAUUUAUGUAAACAUCUUAAAUAGUCCCUGUGAUUCUUCUGAUUCUGAUCAGCCUACUAACUGCAAGAAUAAACAAACUGAACAUUUUGAUUAAUGUGCGUGUCGUGAUCAAACAUUAGCUUUAUUGUUUUAUUUCACAUUACUCAGAACACUUCCAUUGAAGGUAACACGAGAGCAGUUUUACGUCAACUUCUGUCCUCAUUCAGCACUCCUUCACAAGGCUUUGCAGUCAACACACUAAACAUAAACGAGGCAACAGUCACAACUUUUAAUAUUGUUGCUUUUAUCACUACAGUGAAUGGUGCAAGUUACUUUGUAGAAUCUCUAAGAGAUGCUCUCACCAGCUCUGCUGCUGUUGCCUGGAUUACAGGACAGGAUCCAAUAUUAAAAUAGCCUCCAUGUUAUUUAGCCCACUGAUACAGAAUACAGACGGAAACUAACAUUUUGUCACAAUGUUUACCAAGUUGAUGGACAUUUAAUUAACAAUGACAGUAUUCAGUACAGUGGAAAUGAUCACAAAGCAUUGUCCUCUCGAACAGAAAACUAAUCAGAUUAUUUACUUCUUUUUCCACAAUAACUCCAGUUUUUUUUUACUGACAAAACAGGACUCACAGGCAGGUGUUUAUUAGACCGUCUUCCUCCUCCCCUAUCACAGCAAGUUUGUAGUUUGAGGCUGGGAGAGUUACUGGUUUUAAUUCAAACUCCCCCAAACAGAGCCGACUGAUCAGGAUGUGUAUUUAUGUGUUUGUGGUCUGAUUUUUUGCCUCACUUUUACCACUGGAACACCUCACAGAGCGGACAUAAAAUCUAACAAAUCUCUGUUUUUUUUGUUUUUUUUUCCUUUCGUUACAUUGAUGGCCAAUUUGUUACCGACUUUUUGGUGUGUGUAAAUUAUUCAUAGCCUUCCAACUUUUAAGUUUCUAUUGAAAUGAUCUCUUAGACUGAGGUUUCAUUUUGCUUUCUUUUGUACAUGCUGUUGUAAGAAUUUUUCCUGAUUAUCAAUAUAUUCUGAGUACUGGGGAAAAUUAUCGGCUGAAGGAAAAGAGAAUGUCUGUUUCUCUGAUUUUCUACACGAGAUUUAAGAUGAAUAAAAAUGUAUGCAAACUGU